GAAAUAGAAAUAUGUUUCAAUUGAUCUAUAGUCAAAUCCACGUUCUUGAGAAUUCACAUUCAUAGACAUAGAAUCAUCAACUAUGACCCCACCCCUUGUAUAUUAGACUCGCCAAACUACCAACUUUUUUAGAGCAAGCAGGUGGGUUUUCAAACCCUACGUUAAACAUCGGUAUCUUAUGGAAGGCCCUAGCAACAACAGAGGGAAGGACAAGGAAGAGAAAGGAGGCGAAGAAGUGCGUUACAGGGGCGUCAGAAGAAGGCCAUGGGGAAAAUUUGCUGCGGAGAUUCGAGAUCCUACGAGACACGGAGCAAGGUUAUGGCUUGGAACAUUUGAUACUGCAGAGGAGGCUGCUCGUGCUUAUGAUAAAGCAGCAUUUAACUUGAGAGGUCAUCUUGCAACCCUUAAUUUUCCAAGUGAGUAUUACCCUCGAGUUAUGGGAUUCUCUCCUCGACCACCUCAUCAGUCGUUUUCUUCUUCUUCUUCUUCAUCAUCAUCAUCAUUUAGCAGCACUAGUACUAAUAAUGUUGCAAGCCAGAGCUCCGAGAGGGGAAGUUCUUCUGGCAGGCAAGAAAGGCAAGUUUUUGAGUUUGAGUAUUUGGAUGACAAGGUGUUGGAGGAGCUUCUUGAAUCAGAAGAGGAGAAGAAGAAACGACGACAGGAUUGAUCACUACUGUAUCAUUUCUUGUUUUUAAGGUCUUCAAGUUUGUUUUGUUAUUGGUUUUCUUGAGCUCUUGAGCCUAAUUAACUAAUCCCUCAUCCUUAAUUUUCACAUAAUCAUGAGAGGUUUUAUAUAUUUUAAUGGCAUGAAUGAGAUCGUUGGCAAUUUAUGGUUUGUUUGUUUGGUUAGAAAUUGAACACCCCACCCUGAUAAUUCAGUUCCUAAGUUGUGAAAAUCAUACUGCCAUAGUCAUUUACAAUUUCUUUGUUUAUGAUCUAGCUGCUUUUCUUAUUUUCUCUAGUUUAAAAUCAAAGGAUUUCAUAAUAAAUUCAAUUCUUUUCAUAAUAAAUUCAAAAUGAAUUAGUUUUGAAUAAAGCAUUUAUAAAAGAAUUUAAAUCUGAUAAUAUUUGACAGAGUUUUGGCUAGUUAAUCCUAUGAAGCGGGAGGGAAGAAAAACAGGCAAUACUAAGGUGUUUAUCAAUGAAAACCAAUGUCAUGGAACAGAAUCCAUAAUGUGUAUCAAAUUAUUUAUUAUUAGAACGUAUGAUUAUGCCUAGAAAAUGAUGAAGUUUAGGAAAAAAAAUUCCCUGAAAAUGCUAAAUAGAUAUCAAAAUGGUAGAAGAUCGAAUAAAUGAAGUUGCUAUAAUUUGGUUGCUUAUUAAUAAAUGUUUAUUUCCAUCUCUUCCAGGGGAAAAAGAUCAGGAUCUAUCAAUACAGAAAUCAUGAUAUAUUAUAUCUGUCUUUAUUGGCUCACGUGUGGAUACCUACUAUAAAAAGUUUCCUUUGAAUAUGAGUAUGAGAGAAAGCAUUGCUUGUAGCAGAUUCAGAGACUAAAACAAGUGGUGGAAUUAAAGGAAGCAUCUGAUCAAUAAAGCAAAUCACUUUUUGAUUUGAUACCAAUUGUAAGAUUACUUGCUUUAUAUAGCAGUUUCUAAAAGCUUAAGUCAUAUAUAGUGAUCUAGAUAAUUACAUGCCAAAGCUACAAAAUAAAUAUAAUCAAAGUAAAAGUAAAAUCUUUCUUCCAUUAUUGUGAAUAUUUAACAUGCUAAUACUUGUAGCUAGCAUUAGCAAAUCUCAAGAUAAAGUUGAAGAUAUCAAAUUGGUAUAUUUUAGAGAUGCCAAACUCAAGGAUGUGAUGGAACUUCUGCUACAAAGAUAAUGCACACAUAGAUAGGGCACAAAUCAGAAUGUCAAUCGGUGACUCAAUGACGCUAUUGAAAGAUGCCUACAUACUUGCUUUUAGUAGUAAAUUCUUAAGCUUUGUUUGGAAUAAAUCAUUUACAAAGUAAAAAAAAUUCUAAUUAUUUGAUAUAUAAAUUUUAAAUAAAUUAGCUAAAUAUUUAUAU